UAUGGACAAUCUUUACAUUUAAGAAAUUCGAUAGAGAUAUCAUUCCUCAAUGACAUAUUAAGAAUAUUUAGAUACCUAUGAUAAGCCACCUCCAAAACCUUAUAUUAGGUAUUUGUUUUAAAAAACAAAGACCAAAAGAGUCUCCUUAAAUACUCGAUCCCUUAAGCCUCGAGCCACCUAAAGGGCCAAAAAUAUAAUAAUAAAAAUUGACAGUUUAUUCUCCAGAGGAUGUCAUUUUUGAAGAAUCAGAAACAGAUGAGAAACUUAGGCCUGCUAAUCACAUUCCCUGUUUAAAGGCAUUGAAGGAAUAUGUAUUCAAAAAAUAAUCUUAAGAAUGUUAGAAUAAGAAGUUAGAGCGAGAACCUAGGUUUUUCCGUAUUUAGAUUUUUAUAGUAAAAGAAGAAUAAAGUGCCAUGAUCCAAAUAUUUCAUAUAAUAAUUUUCUUUUAACACUUCCC